AUGCAUCGUAGCGGGAUGAACAGUCCCAUGCAUGGUGCUGCUGGUGGUGGUGGUGCUGGUGGUAGUGGUGGUGGUGGUGGUGGUGGUGGAGGUAUGAGUCCGUGGAGAGGAGGCGGCAGUGAGCAGGCGUCACCGAUGGUUCCCACUCCGUGCCGCGCGGCAGUCACUGAUAGGUCCAGAGCAGCCAGUGGAGACGCGUACAGCGUGAACGGCGCAGCGGAGGGACCCGCGGGGGGUCCGCGGAAGCUGCGCGUGGGGGAGAUGGCGGCGGACAUGAAGCGCAUCCGCGCGCAGAUGGAGGAAGACGAGCAGGUCGCGUCGCUCAUGCGGGGAUUGCGCGGGCAGAACCUCCGGGACGAGCAGUUCGCUGAUGCUGACGUCACGAUGCGACUCGUGGAGUUCGACACCGGGAAAGGCGGCGAGGAGGCGCUUCCUCUGGUCUACGACCCGGAUUUAAUCGCGACUUACUGGCAGAAGCGUCCCGGCGCGAUCUUCAGCCGAAUCGUGCAGCUUCUCGCUGUAUCGGGGGAUUUCUUAACGAAGGUCGCGGCGGAUAUAGUCACGAAGAAGCUGAAGGAGAACGAGGUGAAACGCGCGAUGGAGUUAAGAGAAAUAGUGACGUCCUUAGGUCCGGCGUAUAUUAAGCUCGGACAGGCGCUGAGUAUCCGCCCCGAUAUCCUGUCGCCUGCUGCGAUGGUGGAGUUACAGAAACUUUGCGAUAAAGUUCCGUCGUUCGAUAACGAUAUCGCGAUGGCUCUUAUGGAGGAUGAGCUUGGGUUACCUCCGUCGGAGGUGUUUUCGGAGCUUAGCCCGGCUCCAAUUGCAGCAGCGUCGCUCGGGCAGGUUUACAAGGGUAAACUCAAAUCUACUGGGGAAGCCGUGGCGGUGAAAGUUCAGCGGCCGUAUGUUCUCGAGACGGUCACGAUUGAUCUGUACAUCAUCCGACGGUUGGGGCUGGCUCUUCGCGGCAUUCCCCAGAUUGCGACGGACGUGGUGGGAUUGGUUGACGAGUGGGCCGCGCGAUUUUUCGAGGAGCUGGAUUACGUUAACGAAGCUCGCAACGCGGAGCUUUUCGCCGAAUCGAUGGCGAAGGACCUUCCCCAGGUCGUGGUUCCGAAGCCCUUCAUGGAGUACACCUCUCGGCGAGUGCUGGUAACCCAGUGGAUCGAUGGCGAAAAGCUUUCGCAGAGCACGGCAGACGACGUGGGUUCGCUCGUAAACGUCGGCGUUAUUUGCUACUUGAAACAGCUACUAGACACGGGAUUAUUCCACGCCGAUCCGCAUCCCGGAAACCUAAUUCGAACACCAGACGGGAAGCUAUGCGUGCUGGAUUUCGGCCUAAUGACGCGAAUCACCGACACUCAGAAGUACGGCAUGAUCGAGGCGAUCUCGCAUCUGAUCCACCGCGAUUACCCCGCGAUCGUCGAAGAUUUCGUCCUCCUAGAUUUUAUUCCCGAGGGCGUGAAUCUGAAUCCGAUCAUGCCGGUUCUCGCGCGCGUUUUCGACCAGGCGUUGGAGGGCGGCGGCGCGAAGGGGAUUAAUUUCCAGGAGCUCGCCGCGGAUCUUGCGCAGAUCACGUUCGAGUAUCCGUUCCGCAUUCCGCCGUACUUCGCGCUGAUCAUCCGCGCCAUAGGCGUUCUCGAGGGUAUCGCGUUAGUGGGCGACCCGGAGUUCGCUAUAGUCGACGCUGCUUAUCCGUACAUCGCGCAGCGGCUGCUAACGGACCCGUCCCCGCGCCUGCGCGCCGCGCUGAGAUACACCAUCUACGGGCGGUCCGGGGUGUUCGAUGCGGACCGCUUUAUAGACGUUAUGGAGGCGUUUGAGACGUUCGCGGCUAAUGCCAAGUCAGGGCGGGGUGCGCAAUUCGCGGAUUGGGGGGCGGACGCUGGUGGGGAAGGGGAAGUGGUGGAGGUAAUAUCUACAGAUGGUGCUACUGGUGAGGUCAAUGGUGUUGCGACUGUGACUGUAAACGGGAGUGCUUCUAACGGUGCAACAAGCGCUGCCCUCCCUUCCUCCUCCCAGCCCUCCCCUCUCUUCCCUCCCUCCUUCCUCCCCUCCUCCCCCUUCGACUCCCUCUUCCCGACCACCGCCCUCGUCUUCCCGGAAGCUUCCCUCCAGCUGUCAGAAGCUGAACUCAGCAACACAGGCAACGCCCGGGCGGCACUGGCCUUCAUCCUGUCCCCCCGCGGCGCCUUCUUCCGAGAUUUUAUUCUCGACGAGGUGGUGAAGGGCGUGGAUGCGUUGGCUCGAGAGCAGAUCGCAUCGCUGCUGAACGUCUUAUCGAACCCCACGUCGCCGAGCGCGACCGCUGUGAUAAGGAACACGCCCUUGGCGGGUGCGCUGCCGCUGCUCAUGCUGCUGCCGCCGCUGCCGGGGCAGCAGCAGGUGCAGGAGCUGGUGCAUGCGGUAACCCCACGCGUAACGGACGAGGAUCGGGCGGUUCUGGAGAAUUUAAGAAAGGUGGUGGCUUUCUUGAGCAGGGGAAGUGAUAGCAGCAGCAGCAGCAGCGGUGGCAGUGGGUACACCACGGAGGAUGAAGCUAUGUGGGCAGUGGAUGGGAGAGUGAACCCACAGCAGUCCCAGCAGGGGCCAUUGUUGUCAGUGUUGAGGGAUCAGAUGGCUGCAGUGGCGCUGUCUCAGGAGUUGGGUUCGCUGCUUCCCAGUGUUGCUGUGCAGAUUGUGCCUGAAGUAGCGAGCCGGCUGUCGUCUCGGGUAACCGCUAGGUUUAUUCGAGAUGUGUUUCUGGAUGCUUGA